GAGUAAGGUUAACAUUGUUCUGAUAUUUUAAAUCGGAGAAGCGUAGAUAAGUCGACGACGCCGACUCUUCUCUCUCGCUGUCUCACAUAUACAAUCUUAGUCGUCUCCGGCAGAGAAACUUCGGUGAAGUAUAGAGCCAGAUCGAUCCGUUCCAGAGUCUAUUUCGUUUCGUCUGCGAUGGAGAAGUCAGUGGAUCUAGUUCCGGCUUUGGUUACUUUCCUAGCCGCAGCUCACGUCAUCGCCUUGGUUUACUGGAUUUACAGAUUGGCCUCUGAUCGUCAGCCUCCCAAACAAAAACCUCAGUGAGGAAACGUCGUGACAUGGAUUGGGCUUGAAAUUCAUCUAUUGGGCUUAAUGUUUUGUUCCGAUCUGAUAUUGUGUUAUAAAUGUUGUUUUUUUUUUUUUUGAUGAAUUUGUGAUUGAAUAUUUAGCGUUCGAACUAUUGCUUAUGCUCGAAUUAAUGCUAAUAAGGAAUGUGUCCUUUGUUUUUUGGCCC